GUCCCACAGUUGUCAAUUUCUUCUGGUCACUGUCCUCACAGGUGUUACUUGUCUCAAUGACUGACAAAUCGUCUGAUGAAUCAGUGUCAGCAUCAGCAUCAGCAUCCGAAAGAACAAGCAGGACUGUUUGCUAUCUUUGUCGUCAAAGAAAGACAAAAUGUGAUCGAGCCUUGCCGCGAUGUGGAUUCUGUGUCAAAGCAAAAGUCAGUUGUCAGUAUGUGGCUCAACCUAAGAAACGAGGUCUACGCGCGGGUUAUGUUUCGGAAUUGGAAAGCAGGCUUGAGGCUCUAGAAGAGGAAGUCAGAUCAUUGAAAUAUGGGGAGAGAAAGACACCAGCCAACCCUACUAGGGACCCUAUCAGUCUUUGGUCUCCAGAGGUCGCAGAGAUAUCGACGGCAACCGACCAAACUUUAGCCCAAAGUCCAUUGACCAACACACCGGCACUGUCUUCCUUUUCGUCCACAAGACACGACACCCACAUUCGAUCAGAAGACGCUGUCAAAGAUCUCAUGUCUCUUCCUCGCGAGUACAUGUAUAACCUGGCAGAUCUCUUCUUCAAGGAGACUUAUCUAUGGAUGCCCAUUCUGAGUCGGCAGCAUGUCCAAAAGGCGUUAGAAGCACUUCCAUCCCCAGUUACUCAUAUCGACGACGUGGUGUUGAGGGCAGUUAUUUCGUUGCAGAUCGCCUACUCAAGUCAGGCCAUCUGCUUGGGAUACCACGGACGAUAUCGACUGUCCCAAUAUCUUCGAGGACAAGUAUUGAACGAAGCAUUGUCCAAGGCUUCGCUCAGCUCCUUACAGGCACUGCUAAUCAUUGCGAUUCUCGACUGUGGGACGGACAAGAUAGAGAGUACGUUUAGCUUAUUGUCUGUCUGUCGGCGGAUGUGUGAGAAUAUUGGUCUAUUUCGCAAACUUUUGGACUUGAUGGCGGACCAGAGCCCGGCACAAGUGGGACCCCCUGCUGCCGGUAAUCACAGUGGCGAAACGCCGCCUAUCGCGCUGACAUGGGUGACGUUGGCGAUUGAUGCCGUUUCCACCCUUGGAGUGUCGUGGCGUGAUGUGUCGGCAGCAUUGGUCGAUCAUCUCUCGAGCAUUGCCUAUGUCAGUACACCAGAUCUGAAGGAUAGUUUUCGAAGCCACGCGCACCUUGCAGCCAUCGGACUGCAACCCCUGCAUACCUUCAUUUAUGAGCACGAGAGAGGUAGGUACGAGGAUCGAGAGCAAGAGGCACUCAGCACAUGCGACGAGAUCUACAAGAACUUGACAGGAUAUGUCAGUGCUCAUCCAAAUACCAGUUACACACUGCUCGCAGACGGGCUGAUUGAUUUUGAUCCCAAUCUCACGCAUACGAGUAUCUUGUCGCCAGCGGCAAUCAUCAUCCUGUACCAGCGGGUGUUGAAGUUAGAUGGGCCAGCGGGCGGGGGUGUUCCACUUCAAAGGUGUCUUCAGGCAUGUGAAGAUCUUGUGGUGACCCUGCGAAACAUCAGCGACGUGGAUGCCGAGCUCAAUACGCCAUUUCUAAGCCUCUUCUUAUUUGUUGCGGCGAGGCUGAAGCUGAUCUUGUAUCGCCAUCUCGAGCAGGCUCGAGAACCUAUGUUUGACACUCUAAUGCACGGGCUCAACAUGUGUGGGCGACGUUGGCCCUUGGCCCGGAGGAUGGACAUUGUCCUUCGGGCGGCCAUUGUUGAGGUGGACACUGGAACACCAUCGUCACUGCCACAAGCGUUUUGGGAUUUGAAGAAAAGUCAUCAUGACAUCUCGGAGGCGCUCAAGGACUGGGUCAACGGUUACAAGGAUCCAUUGUAUGUUGGCUCACUGCAUGGGCCCUUUUUUCGGUGAGAGCACUUGAUCGAGAGGUGAAUCGGAAUGAACUAAAUCGCCAUUUUGGCCUGGCAUCCAAAGAGGCUAAGAAGGGUGUAGGUUUAGGAUGCCUGGUCGAGGCUCCUCUCAAGACCGAAGUAAUUACGCCGACAUGACAACAGGAGGACCAAUAAUACCUCGUUAGCCUCAUCCUCUUCUCAAUACGAUUUAUCAGAACCUACC